AUGGCUGGUUGCUUAGACGGAUUAAAAGGAUUCUUUACUGCUGUGACAAAUUGGUGCAACACUGAAUUAUCAGGCUCCAAACAGCAGCCUAAAGGUUUAAAAAAUCCAGAACUAAUCGCAAACGAAACACUGUUUAGUGUAAGCGAGAUUGAAGCGUUGUAUGAACUUUUCAAGAAGAUUAGUAGUGCAGUUGACGACGAUGGACUCAUUACUAAGGAAGAAUUUCAGCUGUCCUUAUUCAAGACUAGCGACAGACGAAGUUUAUUUGCUGAGAGGGUGUUUGACUUGUUUGACACAAACCACCAUGGAGUACUUGAUUUCAAAGAGUUUGCAUCUGCUUUGUCUGUUUUUCAUCCAAUUGCAUCAAUGGAUGAUAAGAUUGAUUUUUUGUUCAGAUUGUAUGAUCUGAAACAGCAAGGACACAUUGAGAGGCAAGAGUUGAGACAAAUGGUGGUGGCUACUUUAACUGAAUCUGGCAUGAAUCUUUCAGAUGCUAUGAUUAAUGGCAUCAUUGACAAGACAUUUAAUGAAGUGGACACAAAUGAAGAUGGGAAGAUUGACAAAGAAGAAUGGCGCAACCUUGUGAUGCAGCAUCCAUCCCUUCUCAAGAAUAUGACUCUUCACUAUCUCACAGAAAUCACAACUACAUUUCCGAGCUUCAUAUUUCAUUCUACAGUUGAUGAUAGUUGA